AUGACCAGUCCAAGGUGCACCUCGCGGCCAUGGAAGCUGAACGUCUCGCUGAAGGCACGGAGAUACGCCUUCGGCGAGUUCGUAGAAGCUAUGGCGGAGCAUUUGGUGGCCAAGCAGCUCGUGGACAUCAAAGAGUCGGCGUGCGAGGCAUUGGCUGCCAAGGAUGCCGCGAAGAGCUUCAAGGAGUUCAACGUCGUUGACCAGAUGAUCCGCCAGACUGCAGAGCGUCUCGGGCGUUCAUCGACCGAUCACAAGACCUACAUGCACCUCCAGGACGUCAUUCUGCAGACGCACCUGGAGGUGCAAGGCUUCUGCACCGUCCGUUGGUUGUCUCGCGGGGAUGCUGUGAGUCGCUUCUGUGACGUGCUGCCGGUGCUGAUGUGGAUGUGGACGAAGGAGAAGGGCGACACGGAGAAACUCGCUACCAGCUUCAAGUUCCAUUACAUGCUGUAUCUCCUGGCUGACGUGCUGCACCUGCUCAACGGACUCAAUCUGUCCUUCCAGAAGCAGACGGUAAGGCUGGGGGAGCUGAUGACGGUGAAGAUGCUGGACUACCCGGUGGAUUGGGCAGCGGCCUAUGCCUUGUUUGAGGAGAAGGGGAGGAAGGGGAGGAAGCCUGCCAAAUAG